AUGUUGAGAAUAUCACAGAGAACCAUAAACACAGCCGCACGACGCCAAUGGCACACAACUAUCGAGCGCCGUGUCUUGACAAGCAGAUUACUGAGUGGAAAUGUCAAAAAGCCAUCCUUAUUAGCUGUUGCAUUGACCAAGCAGCCCAUGGCUAGCAUGUACUAUGGAGCCAAGCGUUUCUACAAUGGCGGUACACCUGGCCAAGGUGGACAAGGAUUCAAAUUGAACCCCAAUCAAGAGCAAGAGCAGCAGAAACCAUUGGAGCAAUUCGGCAUCGAUCUUACAGCAAUGGCAGAGAAGGGUAAACUAGAUCCUGUUAUUGGUCGUGAUGAGGAGAUCAGAAGAACAUUAGAAGGUAAAGCAUAA